AUGGCGAGCAAAGGUUCAAAGAAGCCAUUAUUACCCAAAUCAGUAUUGGAAAUGAAAUUUAUGAAGAAGACCAGAGACCGAAUAGAAAAAGAACGACAAAACACUCAAGACCACGACAGUUUGUAUUCGAAUAUCAUUACAAAUGAAAUGAGGCAGGCCUCUGGUAACUUCAUAACAGAAUCCAGUUUCAUUUUUUGUGAGGAACUUUUGGAUGGUAGGCUUUCAUUUAAAGGUAUGAACCCAGAGAUAGAACGACUCAUGGAACUGGAAAACUGCAGUAAGCAGGAGGAACUAAGACAGGAGAUACAAAAAGAUGUUUCAGAUGAAAUUCUAGCCAAGAAAAUGGAAGCAUUCAAUAAAAGAAAACUGACAUAUGAUACUCCUGUAAAAGAAGCCAUGGCAAAAAAGAGAUGGAAAAAAUAAUUGAAUUCAUAGAUAGGUGUAUUUGAAUCUUCUAAAACUACAGUUAAUACAAUGUUGAAUAUGACUGUUUGUUGCUUGACUGUGGUUUUGAAUUUGGUA